GGCGGGCGGGCUGCUGUACCCGCGCGAGACGCCGUCCCGCGAGCUGAAGGAGCUCGGCGGCCUGUGGAGCUUCCGCGCCGACUUCUCGGCGGGCAGGGCGGCCGGCUUCGCGCAGCGCUGGUUCCAGCGCCCGCUGCGGCAGACCGGUCCUGUGAUCGACAUGCCGGUGCCUGCCAGCUUCAACGACAUCACCCAAGAUCCCAACUUGGAGAACUACAUCGGCUGGGUUUGGUAUGAGAAGGAGGUGCUGCUUCCUCGCCGCUGGCUGCAGGACGAUCUCAACACCAGGGUGGUGCUGCGCUUCGGCAGUGCCCAUUACUACUCCAUCGUGUGGGUCAACGGAGUGCAAGUUGCAGAGCACGAAGGGGGGCACCUCCCUUUUGAAGCAGAUAUAAGCAGCGUCAUCCAGGGCAGCCCGGGGACACCCUGCCGCAUCACGGUGGCGAUCAACAACACGCUGACACCCCACACUCUACCUCCAGGCUCAAUUCAGUUCAUGAAUGACGCAUCCAGGUACCCAAAGAACUAUUUUGUACAGAACUUCAAGUUUGAUUUCUUUAACUAUGCUGGAAUCCAUCGCCCGGUCGUAGUUUACACCACUCCCUCUGUCUACAUAGAUGAUAUUACUGUGACAACUACUUCAUCAGAGAACGUUGCCAUGGUGCAAUAUCAGGUAUCAGUAGUCGGCAGCGCACUCUAUUCCUUGUCGCUGAGUUUACGCGAUCAAGAGGGGAAGGUGGUUGCUACAGGUGAAGGGCCAGCUGGAGAAUUAAAAGUCCUGGAUCCAAAUCUUUGGUGGCCUUAUCUGAUGCACGAGAACCCUGGAUACCGCUAUUCUUUAGAGGUGAAGCUGCAGGCGCAGGCCAGUGGGGCACAGCUGGAGGACGUCUACGUGCUCCCGGUGGGCAUCCGCACCGUGCACGUCACCAGCACGCAGUUCCUCAUCAACGGGAAGCCCUUCUACUUCCACGGCGUCAACAAGCACGAGGACGCGGACAUCCGCGGCAAAGGACUGGACUGGCCCUUGGUCGUGAAGGACUUCAACCUGCUGCGCUGGCUGGGGGCAAAUUCCUUCCGCACCAGCCACUACCCCUAUGCCGAGGAGAUUAUGGAUCUGUGUGAUGCCUACGGCAUCGUGGUCAUCGACGAGUGCCCCGGUGUGGGCAUCAAAACCGCCGAGAGCUUCGGGAACAAGUCGCUGCAACACCAUCUUGCUGUGAUGGAGGAGCUGGUCCGCAGGGAUAAGAACAGGCCCUCGGUGGUGAUGUGGUCAGUGGCCAACGAGCCCGCUUCACAGCUGCCUCCUGCCGCUUAUUACUUCAAGACAGUGAUAGCUCACACUAAAGCUCUUGAUCCCUCCAGACCAGUAACCUUUGUGACAGAUGUCAAUUACGCUCUUGAUCAUGGUGCUCCUUAUGUGGAUGUUAUCUGCGUAAAUAGUUACUUCUCCUGGUAUCACGACCCGGGCCAUCUGGAGGUUAUUCCAGUACAACUCAUGACACAGUUUGAGAACUGGUAUAAAACCUACCAAAAGCCCAUUAUCCAGAGUGAAUAUGGAGCAGACUCAAUCCCUGGACUUCACAGUGAUCCACCUCUUAUGUUCAGUGAGGAGUAUCAGAAAGCUUUGCUAAGAGAGUACCAUUCAGUAUUUGACAAAAAGAGAAAGGAGUAUGUGAUUGGGGAGCUUAUCUGGAAUUUUGCUGAUUUCAUGACUAAUCAAGGGACCACACGUGUUUUGGGGAACAAGAAAGGAAUAUUUACCCGCCAACGACAGCCAAAAUCAGCUGCAUUUGUUCUUAAAGAGAGAUACUGGAAGAUUGCAAAUGAAUCAAGCUGUCUUCCUCCUAUAACAAAAUCAUAUAGCCACUUUCUGUAAUGAAAUCUGAAAGUAUAAUGGUUGGAUUCUAUACUUAAUUUGUUCA